AUGUCUCUCAAGCAGUCUCUGAAAGUCGCACUGAUCCAGUUUGCCGCCGGAGCCGACAAGGCGGCUAACAUUGCCAAGGUGACCACCAAGGUGGCGGAGGCGGCGAAAAACGGAGCCAAGCUGGUGGUCCUCCCCGAAUGCUUCAACUCGCCCUACGCCGUGUCGGCCUUCCCCAAAUACGCCGAGAAGAUCCCGGAUGGCGAAACCACCUCGGCUCUGUCGGAUCUGGCCAAGAAACACAACCUAUUCCUGGUAGGAGGCUCAUACCCGGAGUCCGACGCUGGCAAGGUCUACAACACGUCGGUGGCCUUCUCUCCCUCCGGCGACAUUAUCAGCAAGCACCGAAAACUGCACCUGUUCGACAUUGACGUGCCCGGAAAAAUCACCUUCAAGGAAAGCGAGACCCUGACCGGUGGCGACAAAAUCACCCUGUUCGAUAUGGAGGGCUACGGCAAGAUCGGCCUGGGCAUCUGCUACGAUAUCCGGUUCCCCGAGGUGGCGGCCACCGCCGCUCGAAAGGGCGCCUUUGCCAUGAUCUACCCCGGCGCUUUCAAUACCACCACCGGCCCGCUGCACUGGCAUCUGCUUGCCCGAGCCCGAGCCGUCGACAACCAGCUGUACGUCAUUGCGUGCUCCCCCGCCCAGGACCUCAACUCGGGCUACCACGCCUUUGGCCACUCGCUUGUGUCCGAUCCUCUGGGCAAGAUUAUUGCCGAGGCCGACGUCGACGAGACCGUGGUUUACGCUGAGCUUGAGCCUGAAGAGUUGGCGGCAGCUCGACAGAACAUCCCUGUUGGUACUCAGCGACGGUUCGAUGCCUACGAUGAUGUGAGCAAGACCGCCAAGGUGAGUGCUGUUUAA